GGUGACUUCACGGCGUUCCUGGACUGAUCCUGAGCGUGAUUAUUACCAGAGAAUACUUUCAGUGGUAUCUUGCACAGUCGUUCUACAGUGUCUCAACAUGACUACAGCACACAGACCCACGUUUGAUCCGGCGCAAGGACGGGAGGCCCUGCGUGGGCCAGCAUAUCACCAACGCCUGCUGCCUGCGUAUAUGCACUUGAAAGUUCGGCAACCUGGACAAGGCACAGAAACCGAAUCGGAAGUUCGAGACCUUCGUGCGGAGCUGCUGAAGGCAGAGGCUGCCCAUUUUGCGAAGAAGAAGGGUAUCAAGCCGGAAGAUGAUGUUACAGAUACAGCUCCCGCAGUUAAGCGACAGCUCGAAGGUGCAGCUGCUGGAGGAGAUACCGAAGAAGAGGAUCCUGAAGCGAAACGGCGGCGAAUAUUAGAGGAAACACGAGCUAUAGACGCUGAUUCAGAGGCAUCUGACAGCGAUAGUAGUGAGGAGGAAAGUGAUGAGGAAGAUGAAGCCGCCGAACUCAUGCGUGAGCUUGAAAAGAUCAAGCGGGAGAGGCUCGAGCAGAAGGAAAAAGAGGAACGCGAAAAAGCCGCCCAAGAAGAGGAGAAGCGGGAAUACGAAAUCGCUAGGGGUAAUCCGCUCCUCAAUCCCCAAGACUUCAACAUAAAGCGGAGAUGGGACGACGACGUUGUGUUCAAGAACCAGGCCCGUGGGACGGAAGACAAGAGGGACAAGGAAUUCGUCAACGUAAGUGGUGUCAAUCAGAACGCUAAUUAUGUCACUCGCUGAUGUACCGCAGGAUUUGCUACGAUCUGAUUUCCACAAACGCUUCAUGGUAUGAUACACAUUCUUUCUUGUCCAAUGUGUUUGCGGCUGACAUCGAUCACAGUCAAAAUAUGUACGAUGAUACC